UCGGCAGUUGGCCUUCUACCUUGUGUGAGAAUUGACGUGGACUCCGUGGCAUUAUAACAGCUACAUAGUGCAUAAUAUAUAGUAUAAUUUUUUAAAAGCACAAAAUUAAAUUUCGGAAAGUUACCUAUAGUAAUUUUUCUUUUUAAAGAAAACUGAUUCGAAGGCGUUCACGAUGAUCGUACGACCCUCAGUUUCGACAGAGCCGAUUUCAACGAAAAUCAAAGUCAAAGGUUUCGAGAUAAACUACUUUCAAGUUGGAAACGGACCACAGAAAUUGGUAAUACUUCCUGGAGUGCUGGGUCAAAUUGGUGAUUUUGGACCGCUGACGGAAAGCCUCGAUGGUGCAAAAUAUACGAUAUACAUAUGUGAUCCUCCAGGUUACGGUUUGAGUCGACCACCUAACAGAGAUUUUUCACCGGGAUUUUUGUACCGCGACGCCGAUAGUGCCAUUGCGCUUAUGGAGACGUUGGGCAUCGAAAAGUAUUCGAUGUUGGGCUGGUGCAACGGCGGGUGCACCGCGAUGAUCGCGGCGUCCAGGGCCGCAGAUCGGGUCGACAAGCUGGUGGUGUGGAGCUGCAACGCUUACGUGACGGCCAAAGACCUUGAGUACUACGAGACGACGCGCGACGUGCACGACUGGCCCGAAGGGAGGAGAAUUUCGCAAUUCAAAGCGUACGGCGAGAAGUACGUGUCGGACACUUGGUCCGGGUGGAUAGACGCGUUCCGGAAAAUUCUCGACGAGGACGACGGUGACGUGUGCCGCGACGCACUGGCCAAGAUAAAGGCGCCCACGCUAAUUCUGCACGGAGCAAAGGAUGUGUUCGUACCGAUCGAGCAUGGUGUAUAUCUUCACGAAAACAUCAAUCGGUCGACACUUGAAAUAUUUCCAGAAGGCAAGCAUAUCUUACAACUUAUGUACCCUGAGAAGUUUGUUUCGAUAGUGGAUAACUUUCUUUCUUCUGUGCAGUAGUGCAUAGGUAACCACAAUCACUUGCCAUAUACGUUUAUAAGCUAUAAUAUUGUAAAUGACUUUUAAUAUUGCAAGAAGGUAUUAACCUACACAUGAAAUAUAAUGUUAUAACUAAAUAAAGUAAGUGUACAGAGAUA